AUGGCCUCCUUGUUUGCUCAAGAAGUUCGCCUUUCCAAAAGACAUGAAGAAAUAGUAUCACAAAGAUUAACGUUACUUCAACAAAUGGCGAAUAAAUUUGAAGAGCAAAACAAAGUAAAGGCAUCUCAGAUUCAAGCAGCCAAGGCUGCUUACAAAAGGAACCUUAGUCUAUUAAAUGAUAUUGAAGCAGCAGAAAAGUCUCUCCAAACCAGAAGUCAGUCACUCCCACAGCCUGAGAUGGUUUCUCUUGAGACUCAUUACUGGGAAUCAGUAGAAGAAUAUAUUCCCAACUGGGAUCAGUUUCUUUUAGGAAAAGCACGAUAUCCUGUUGGUGUUGAAGAGCUAAAUGGAGCAGAAAACAGCACUCAAAAAGCAGAACAGCAAUAA